AUGAGCGCCUCAGGCGUGCUAUCCUUUGCCCAGCAAGGUUGGGAACAGGUGCUAGCCAAAAUGAAACGGGCUGUCGUCUACCUGGACGCCGCCUGCGCCGAGAGCCUGCACUGGAGCUGCGGAUUCACACGACUACUGGAGUCAGUGGGGGGUCCUGCGUGUCACCUGCGGGAGUUCGGGCCCGAUGCAACUGGCGGAGGAGCGGAGCAGCCCAAGGCAGUGUUUGUGCUGAGCUGCCUGCUGAAAGGCCGAACGGUGGAGACUCUACGGGACAUCAUCCGCCGCAGUCAGUUCCAGUAUUGUGUGGUGGUCACGGCUGUGAGCCACGCUGUCCACCUCACGGCUAAUCAUGUGCCGGCGGCGGCAGCAGCCGAGCUGGAGGGGCAGCAGCCGGUGUUCGAGCAGCUGGAGGAGAAACUGUGUGAGUGGAUGGGCAACAUGAACUACACAGCCGAGGUGCUGCACGCCCCCUUGUUGCUCGCCCCUGUUGCUCCUCACUUUGCCCUGACUCCAUCCUUUGCUUCCCUUUUCCCACUGCUACCCCAAGAUAUACAUCUCCUUAACAAUGCCCGACCUGACAAGAAGAGGCUGGGAAGCCUAGCUGAAGUGGAUGCCUCUGCCCUGACCCCUGAGCUGCUGCUACAGAUCAGGUGCUUGGUGUCAGGCCUCAGUUCUCUGUGUGAACACUUGGGAGUACGGGAGGAGUGUUUUGCCGUGGGCUCGCUCAGUCGGAUUAUUGCUGCAGAUCUGGCCAAUUAUGCCCCUGCCAAGAACAGGAGAAAAAAUGCCUCAGGCAGGGCAUCAGUGGUCUUUGUGGACAGAACUCUGGAUCUCACAGGAGCCGUUGGACAUCAUGGAGACAACUUAGUAGAGAAGAUAAUUUCAGUGCUUCCCCAGCUUCCAGGCCACACAAAUGAUGUGAUGGUGAACAUGAUAGAACUCACUGCACUCCAGACCAACGAGGAGAAUCACAAGAUGGUUGUACCAGGCUGUCUCGCACAAGCGGGUGACACUGAAGCUAAAAUCCUCUGGGAAGCCUUACUGAGCACCAAGCAUAAAGAGGCAGUGAUGGAAGUUCGGAGACAUCUAGUGGAAGCUGCAAGCAGAGAAAACUUGCCAAUCAAGAUGAGUAUGG